AUGGCGGGUGGAGAUGAUGCUGAGCUCGAGCGUACAGAACGCGCGGUAGAGCGCGCCAAGACUAAGCGAUCGACUGUGAUAAACCAGAUUAAAAAUGUGCAUCAGUAUGCGCUUCGACUUAAGGCGGAGCCCGAGUUAGGUCCGACUGUGACAAGUCUAGCCGGUGAUUUGGAUGCGCUGUGGAUACAGUGUAGAACUGAGGAUGAUGCCGUGUUGGACGGCUUGGUUGAGCUCGGUAGGCUCUCCGAGUAUAACGAGGCGUUAUUGGCCGAGGUGCGGACUUGUAUUAGUGCUUGUAAGAUUGCGGCGGCGACGUUAGUCCCUAAGGGAGCUGAGGCUGUCGAUGUUUCGUACCUUAAGGAGACGUUAGGGUCAACCGGUGCGUCCGCGCGAAAUCCCGCGCACGAUCACGCUAAACCGUCAGCACGGUUACCGGAGAUUCCCCUCCCGGAGUUCAACGGAGAUUUCCGACUAUGGCCCACGUUUCGCGACCGAUUUACAGCACAAGUUGAUUCGCGUGAUAUUUCCAACAUCGAUAAAAUGUAUUAUUUAAUAGGGUGUCUCAAGGGCGACGCGGCGGAGGCGUUACGUGGUAUUCCGGUGUCCGCAGAUAAUUAUGUGCUCGCAUGGUCCGUUUUAUCCGAGCGGUUUUAUCGACCGCGAUUAGUUGCUACGUCAUUAGUUGACAAAUUGUUAAACUCGCCGUCUAUGUCGCAGGAGUCGUUAUCGGACCUUAAUAAUUUCGUAAGCACUUUUAACGAAGGUAUUUCGCUACUCAAAGCGCUCAAUGUACCGAACAUGGGCUCUUUCAUUUUAUUCACGGUCGCGUUCCGACGUUUACCUGUAGCUACGCGUAAAUUAUUCGAGUCGGAUAGUAAGGCGGAGUAUCCGUCAAUUGGCGAAUUAUUAAAAUUUGUCCGCACGCGCGUGUCGAUAUUGGAAGUCGUUAGUGAUCCGCCGAAGGUUGGUACCUCUGCCGCGCAAGCAUCCAAGGCGGGCAAGCCGUCAGGUAUAGCGCGCAAGGUGGGAGAUUACGUCGGGAAGUCGAACGGUCCCCGGCCGAUGUCGUUCGUAACGGCUAAGGGGGAUGCGACUUGUCCGUGUUGUGCCGAAUCGCACGCGUUAGGCAUUUGUGCGCGUUUUAAGUCGUGGUCGGCCAAAGGUCGUACCAAAUGGGCCCGUGAGAAUCGUGUGUGUUUUAAUUGCUUAUAUGUUGGUCAUUGGAUUCAAAAAUGUAAGUCGAAGCCUAAUUGUAAGGAAUGUUCGCGCAAGCACCACACGCUUCUACACUUGUCACCCGACGAGCUGCAGGGCGGGGAGGAACCACCACCGGUCGAACCGGCGGUGUGUGCGUCUGUUGUGAAUCACCCGUCCCUCCACCGGUCGUCCGCUGUUGUUUUAGGUACCGCGCUCGUGCACGUGCGAGAUAACACCGGUUCGGUGAAAACAAUGCGUGCGUUAAUAGACAGCGCGUCGCAGAUCAGCGCCGUUACCGCCGAGUGCGUAAAACGACUAGGUUUAAAAAUAUCGCGGUGGACUGCACCGAUAAGCGGGUUGUCGGGGACAACAGUCGCUGAAGUUCAAGGUCAGGUUGAGUGCAUAGUACAGCCGCGUUUCGCGUCUGAUCCGAUUCUGCCGGUGCAGGCAUGGGUGUUACCAACCAUCACGACCGAUUUACCUCAAAAGUCAUUAUCAAUAGAUAUUAAGAAUCGAUAUUCUAAUCUCGCGCUCGCGGAUCCAUCCUUUCAUUUGACGUCGCCGAUCGACUUGUUGUUAGGAGGGGACGUGUAUGGUUCUAUCAUGGACGGGCGUAAGGUGUCGAUCGACAGUACAUUACCUACUGCUUUUAGUUCGGUGUUCGGCUGGAUCCUUAUCGGCCCGGUUCCCGAACGCGCAAAUGGUUAUUAUCAGUCGUUGCCGGUGUCAAUGACCGCGUCGAUAGAGUGGAUAAUGGAGCGCUUUUGGCACGUCGAGGAGCCUGAGGACGCGCCCGUUACGUUUACCGAGGAGGGGUGCUGCGAACAGAUAUUCCGCGACGAAGCUACGCGUUUGACAUCAGGUCGCUUCGCGGUUCCGUUACCAUUUCGCGCGCCGGCAGAAACGUUCGUUGGGUCUCGCGAGGUAGCUACACGGCGUUUUGACGCUAUCGAGCGUAAACUAUCUGCGAGUCCCGUAUUAAAAUCGUUAUACGUUAAUUUUAUGUCUGAAUAUAUCGCAUUAGGACACAUGUCAGUGGCGACUUCCCCGGGGCGAUAUAUAAUCCCCCACCAUGCUGUUUACCGUCCGGAAGUCGAUCCUAAUAAAAUUCGUGUAGUAUUCGACGCGUCCGCGCGAUGUUUUCGCGGACCGUCGUUAAAUGAGUGUUUGUGGCCAGGCCCAAAAUUACAACAGGAUAUUGUGGAUGUUCUAACUCGUUUUCGCGUUCACAAAUAUACGUUUACUACGGACAUCUGUAAGAUGUACCGUCAGAUUUUAAUUUUGCCGGAAUAUCGCAAAUUCCAACAUGUGUUGUGGCGCGCGUCGCCGCAUGAUGAAUUGCGUGAAUAUGAGUUGCACACCGUGACGUACGGUGUGAAUUGUGCCCCGUAUCUCGCCUUACGCGUUUUGCAGGCCAUCGCGUCGACCGAUUGCGACGGUUUAGAUUCUGUACGUAACGCGCUCGAGUACCAAACUAAGUCAGGUUUAGAGCUAAAGAAAUGGGCCUCGAACACGCCGGCCGUGUUGCAAGCUGUUCCGGCCGCCGAUCGCGCGUGCGCGCCAAUGCCGUUUGGUGAUGACGACGGAUACGGCACUAAGGUGUUGGGUCUGGCGUGGCAUCCCGACCAAGAUUAUUUUUGUUGCGCGUUAAGUCUCGAACCGUCGCCUGUCUUUACGAAGCGCGGUAUUUUAUCGCUUGUUGCUCGCAUUUUUGACCCGUUAGGUCUUUUCGGUCCCGUGGUGUUUCUCGCGAAAUCGAUCAUGCAGCGGACGUGGCGACACAGUGUCGCAUGGGACGACCCGCUGCCGGACGAUAUUCACGCAGACUGGGCCGCAUUUGUCUCCGAGUUACCGUCGUUAUUAGGUGUCCGUGUACCGCGACAUAUUAACGGCCGUCAAGGCGCUCCCUGUUAUUUGUUAGGAUUUUGCGAUGCGUCACAGGUCGGGUACGCGGCUGUCGUGUACGUGCGGAUGAUAAAUAUCGAAGUGGACAAGUCAGUGUUUCUAAUUGGUACUAAGACCAAGUUAGCUCCGACGAAAGCGUUAACGGUCCCGAGACUAGAGUUGAAUGCUGCAGUAUUGUUAGCCCGUUGGUUAGGUCGCAUUCAAAAAAUAUUAUCGCCGCAACUCGAUGUUGUCGGUUUACGGGCUUGGUCGGACUCCACGAUCGUGCUGUCGUGGUUGACAGCCCCCCAUGAAUCAUUCAAAGUUUAUGUGUCUAAUCGAGUACACCAAAUUCGCUCUUUAUUGCCGGAUUGUUAUUGGCAACACAUCGUGUCGGCCGAUAAUCCCGCCGACUGCGCGUCGCGAGGCGUCAUGCCGGCAGCUUUAGCGCGACUUGAUUUGUAUUGGCGUGGUCCACAGAUAGCGUACGGCGAGCCAUCGGAAUGGGACGAUUCCCGCCCGUCGCUACCUCUGUGUGACCUGCCUGAAUUGCGCGUAGUGUCGUGUGCCGCGCGCGUUGACAACGAAGAGAGGGAGUGGUUAGAUGCGAAACCAUCGUAUCCCUUUAUGGCUGAUUUACCGGGUCCGCGUGUAAAGCCGCGUCGACCGUUCGAACAAGUAGGGGUCGAUUAUGCGGGACCUUUACAAUUGAAAGAGCUGCGGCUGCGCAAAUCGCGCAUGUUUAAAAUUUACAUUGCCGUUUUCGUGUGCUUCACGACUAAAGCCGUCCACCUUGAAGUGGUAACGGAGUUGUCCACUGACGCGUUUUUGGCCGCGUUCGACCGAUUCGUCGCGCGCCGCGGGUUACCCGCCGACGUGUAUUCCGACUGCGGCACUAAUUUUGUCGGCGCUGAUAAGCAGUUGCGCGCAUUAAUACAAAGUCCCGAGGGCCAGACCGCCGUUGCAAAUGUUCGCGCGAUGUGUACGUGGCACUUUAACCCUCCGAGUGCACCUCACUUUGGGGGUCUGUGGGAGGCGGCCGUUCGGUCUACGAAGAGGUUGUUAGUCCGGGUGAUAGGAACCCAUGUGUUUACGUACGAGGAGUUUACCACAGUGUUAACCCGCAUAGAAGCGGUGUUAAAUUCGCGCCCGCUGACGCCCGCCUCGACCGAUCCGCACGAUUUGGAGUGUUUGACUCCCGGGCAUUUUUUGAUUGGGCAACCGCUACUCGCCGUACCGCCGAGAUCGGGCCCCGAGCCCGCCCGUAACCUUUCUGAUCGGUGGAAGUUAUUGGAUCAAUGUCACCGUGCGUUUUGGCGUCGUUGGUCAGCCGAGUACCUAACCACUCUGCAAAGCAGACCAAAGUGGACCGAGGGGGUUCCCAACCUUAGUCUCAACGACAUGGUCGUCGUGAUCGACAGCCAGAGUCCACCGUUGUUAUGGCGCCUCGGCCGUGUGAUCGAGUUGUUGCCAGGUUCCGACGGUCACGUCCGUGUCGCUCGGAUCCUCACGCGCGCUGGUGUAGUUACGCGCCCUGUGGUCAAGUUGGUAAAGUUACCGACCAAUGUUCUAUCUUAG